UUACCAAGACACCAAGGAAUGCUCCCGCGAGCCGAGAGCUGUUUUCUCGGGAUGAAAUAAGAACGGAUUCAGUUGUAUGUAAACACGCGUCUGUAUAAUGCGACAUGACUUUGAAUGAACGUAUUUUAAAGAAUAGUUCGAAACAAAGUCCGCGUGCAAGCGUGUGUUUUACUCUGCAGGUUUAUUUACAAGCGAUUUGGACGAGCGAACGAUCAUGUUUAUUUACCUCAGUAAGAAGAUCGCCAUCCCCAACAGCAUACGGCUGAAGUGUGUGUCGUGGAACAAGGACCAGGGCUUCAUCGCUUGCGGAGGCGACGACGGGCUGCUCAAGGUGCUCAAGCUGGAGACGCAGACAGAUGAUGCCAAAGUGAAAGGACUUGCAGCACCCAGUAACCUGUCAAUGAACCAGACCCUUGAGGGCCACAGUGGUGCGGUUCAGGUGGUCACGUGGAACGAGCAAUAUCAAAAACUGACAACCAGUGACCAGAAUGGCCUUAUCAUCGUGUGGAUGCUGUACAAAGGAUCGUGGUACGAGGAGAUGAUCAACAACCGCAACAAGUCAGUGGUGCGGAGCAUGAGCUGGAAUGCGGACGGCCAGAAGAUCUGCAUCGUGUACGAGGAUGGAGCGGUCAUCGUCGGCUCUGUCGAUGGUAACCGGAUCUGGGGGAAAGAACUCAAAGGGAUCCAGCUGGCACACGUGGCCUGGUCUCCCGACAGUAAGAUCCUCCUGUUUGGGAUGGCCAGUGGCGAAAUCCACAUAUACGACAACCAGGGCAAUUUCAUUGUGAAGAUGACCAUGAGCUGUCUGGUCAAUGUCACGGGGGCCGUGAGCAUCGCCGGAAUCCACUGGUACCCGGGGACAGAGGGCUACGUGGAGCCGGACUGCCCCUGUCUGGCCAUCUGCUUCGACAACGGCCGCUGUCAGAUCAUGCGUUAUGAGAAUGAUGAAAACCCAGUGCUGAUCGACACUGGCAUGAACGUGGCCAGUAUCCAGUGGAACCACUGCGGCAGUGUGCUGGCAGUUGCCGGCUCCCAAAAAGCCGUGUCCCUGGACAAGGACGUCAACGUGGUGCAGUUUUACACCCCGGUGGGGGAGCAUCUGCGCACCCUCAAGGUUCCUGGGAAGCAGAUGGCAGCGGUUUCCUGGGAGGGUGGAGGACUACGCAUAGCCCUAGCUGUCGACUCCUUCAUUUACUUUGCCAAUAUUCGACCGGACUACAAGUGGGGAUACUGCUCCAACACGGUGGUGUACGCCUACACUCGGCCCGAUCGCCUCGAGUACUGCGUCGUCUUCUGGGACACCAAGAACAACGAGAAGUACGUCAAGUACGUCAAAAGCCUGUUGUCCAUCACCACCUGCGGAGACUUCUGCAUCCUGGCCACCAAAGCGGACGAUUCCCACCCACAGGACGAUGUGGAGCUGGAGUCUUCCAACGCCACGUAUGUCUUGGUGCUCUGCAACUCCAUUGGGACUCCUCUGGACUCCAAAUACAUUGACACUGACCCGUUGUUUGUCACGAUGACCAAAACCCACGUCAUCGCGGCCUCCAAAGAUGCCUUCUACACUUGGCAGUACCGUGUGGCAAAGAAGCUCACCGCCCUGGAGAUAAACCAGGUGGCUAGGACCAGGAAGGAGGGCAGGGAGAGGGUUUAUCACAUUGAUGACAACCCUUCCGGGACGGGCGACGGCGCGCUGGACUUUGCGAAAGCGUUCACUGCAACCAGAGACCCCAUUUGCUGCAUCACUGCAACAGACAAGACCCUUGUUGUAGGCCGAGACUCGGGCACCAUCCACCGGUACAGCCUACCCACCGUGGGCCUGGUACAGAAGUACUCCUUGAAUCACAGGCCUUACCAGAUCACCCUCAACUGCAACUCCAGCCGGCUGGCCAUCAUCGACAUCGCAGGGGUCCUGACCUUCUUCGACUUGGAGCCGCGGGGAAGUGGGGACGACUCUGGAGGGGUGCAGGCUGGCGGGGAUCCGCAGAAGUUUGAGCGCAAGGAUGUGUGGGACAUGAAGUGGGCCAAUGAUAACCCAGACCUGUUUGCCAUGAUGGAGAAGACCAGGAUGUACGUCUUCAGGAACCUGGAUCCGGAGGAACCUAUCCAGACAUCUGGUUAUAUAUGCAAUUUUGAAGACCUGGAAAUAAAGUCUGUCUUGCUGGAUGAAAUUUUAAAGGACCCUGAGAGGCCCAAUAAGGACUACUUGAUCAACUUUGAGAUCCGUUCGCUGAGAGACAGUCGGGCGCUAAUCGAGAAGGUGGGAAUUGAGGAUGCCUCUCAGUUCAUCGAGGACAACCCCCACCCAAGACUCUGGCGCCUGCUGGCUGAGGCAGCGCUCCAGAAGCUGGACCUGACCAUGGCGGAGCAGUCUUUUGUGCGGUGCCGUGACUACCAGGGCAUCGAGUUUGUCAAGCGGCUGGGUAAUCUGCAGAGCGAGUCCAUGAAGCAAGCCGAGGUGGCAGCCUACUUUGGCAGGUUCGAGGAGGCCGAGCGCAUGUAUCUGGACAUGGACCGCAGGGACCUGGCCAUCAGCCUCAGGAUCAAACUGGGCGACUGGUUCCGGGUGUUGCAGCUGCUGAAGUCCGGCUCCGGGGACAGUGAUGACGCGCUGCAGGAACAGGCCUACAACGCUAUCGGGGACUAUUUCGCCGACCGGCAGAAGUGGCUGAAUGCGGUGCAGUACUACCUCCAGGGUCGCAACCAGGAGCGCCUGGCUGAGUGCUACUACAUGCUGGAGGACUAUGAGGGCUUGGAACGGCUGGCUAACUCCCUCCCGGAGAACCACAGACUGCUCCCGGAGAUCGGUCAGAUGUUCGUCACUGUGGGCAUGUGUGACCAGGCUGUGAAUGCCUACCUGAAAUGCAACCAGCCCAAGGCCGCAGUUGAUGCCUGUGUUCAUCUAAACCAGUGGAAUAAGGCAGUCGAACUGGCCAAAAAUCACAACAUGAAGGAGAUCGGGCCUCUUCUGGCCAAGUAUGCCUCCCAUCUGCUGGAGAAGAACAAGAUCCUUGAAACUGUGGAGCUGUACAGGAAGGCGCAUCAUUUCCUGGAUGCUGCUAAGCUCAUGUUCAAGAUUGCUGAUGAGGAGGCCAAGAAGAGGACCAAACCCCUGAGGGUGAAGAAGCUGUAUGUGCUGGCAGCCCUGCUGGUGGAGAACUACCACAGCCAGAUGAAGACAUCCCAACAGAACAAAGCCAAGGGCAAGAAAUCAGAGGCGAUGUCCGCUCUGGCCGGCCUGCUUGAGGAGGAUGCGUCUUCUGAUGUGCGGAUCGUGGAUGGUGCCUGGCGUGGUGCUGAGGCUUACCACUUCUUCCUGCUGGCACAGAGGCAGCUGUACGCUGGUUAUGUGGAUAAUGCCAUGAGGACAGCUCUUUAUCUACGUGACUACGAAGACAUUAUCCCAGCUGUGGAGAUCUACUCGCUGCUGGCCAUCUGCUCCUCCGCUAACCGGGCCUUCGGCACCUGCUCACGGGCCUUCAUCAAGUUGGAGUCCCUGGAGAGUCUAAGCGCUGAGCAGCGGCAACCUUAUGAGGACCUGGCUCUGCAGAUCUUCACCAAAUACAGCCCAAAGGACAACAGGAAGUCUGAGCUGGACAGCAUCCCUGAGGGGAGCGAGGGGAAGCUGCCCACCUGCAUCGUGACGGGUCGACCCAUCACCGAGUACCAGUUUUGGAUGUGCAGUGUGUGCAAGCACUGUGCCUUGGAGCAGGAGAUCUGCAACCACCGCUUCUGCCCCCUGUGCCACAGUGCUGUGGCGUAGCUGUGCACCACGUUGGCGCAUCCCCCAUUCAUCAGUCACACUACAUGUAAAUAAAUCAUGCAUGAGUUUGUAGACAGAAGAAAACAAUACAAUGAAAAC